AAUUUGCUUCGAGUGAAUUAGUUGUCUUAUGUAGUAAAGUUGAAGUUCUGUGUUUGUUUAGUCUUUAGUAUAUUAACAAAAUCAAUAUGUUGAUCAAGGUCAAGACACUUACAGGAAAAGAGAUUGAAAUUGAUAUUGAGCCAUAUGACAAGGUUGAGAGGAUAAAGGAACGUGUUGAAGAAAAGGAAGGCAUUCCUCCUGCACAACAGAGGUUGAUCUUCAGUGGAAAACAAAUGAAUGAUGACAAAACAGCCCAAGAUUAUAAAGUGUCUGGUGGAUCAGUGCUACAUCUUGUUCUUGCAUUGAGAGGGGGAGUUGUGUUGUGAUGUUAAAGAAAUCAAAUUCUUUUUAACAAUUAACUAUAAACUGUGAAUUGUUUGUUGUGUUGAACCAUUUGUGUUGACAUACAUGCAGCCUAACAAUAUUUGGGAAGGCUAAAAUUUUUAUUUAAACACUAAACUUUUGUUAUUAGUUGUGUUUUUGUUUUUCUCAAGAAACUUUAAUCAUAGAUGUUCUGGAUUUGUCACAAUUUUUUUGUUGCACUCUUUUGUUUUGUUUUUUGUUUGAAUUGGUAUCUUAUUAAGAUGUAAGUUAAAUUAUAAAGCAAACAUAAAUAACCUUUGUUAUUGAAUAUUUUUUGCAUGUUGUAUGAUGUGAAAAUAUUUUCAUAAAUUACAAUCAAUGCAAUAUGACAA